AUGGCCAACCAACUCGGCGAGAUGGCUCCACCGGCAUCCUAUCUGGUAGCAGUCCUGUGUUGUAUUUGUGUACUUCUCACUUCAAACAUUGUUCCAAGUUUCAGUCUUCCGGGAUUCGCUCUCAGGCAUAGAGAUUUGAACCCGCCACCCAAUGUCAUUGGCCCCUUUUUGGAAAGAAAGGAUGUAGUGAGGGAGGAUACUGAAGAGGAUGGAAGUGAUUUGGGGGCCGAGUUCUUAGAUGCAGCGUCAACAACGACAGAAUCGGGAUCGUCACAACGACGUACAUCGUCAACUCGAGUUGUCCCGCCUCCUAGGUCGACGACCUUACUCACUUUGUUCCCUACUUUCUCGCUCGGUGACCCGGUAGCCAAAACCGAAAUUAGCUCGCUACUUGGCACGGGCUUGUCGCCUACCCUGGACUCGACACCAGGGAAUUAUGAUAACACUUGGGUGGAUCAACUCCUAGUGCAAGGCUGGUAUAUUGCUGUCUGA